AUGAGCUUGCGGUCAAUAUUAAGCGGCGGCCGAGUAAAGAAGCCAAAACCAAAGCCGAAGCCAUCAGCUUCGCCGCGGAAGAAUAGCGGGACAAGUAGCCCCCGUAAGUCUGCCGGCGGCAGGAGCAGCAGCGCCAAGAGGAAUACAACUACCCCAUCAGACGUCCAAGAUGACGACGGCGACUACGACGACGACUUCUUCCACGACAGGCUCGACGACGCAGGGCUCGUCGCGGCGCUGGCGACGGACAUGUCGCUGCGCGACGUCGUCCAGGCCAUAAAGUACACCCGCAGCCGCAUGUUCGGCCCCGUCCCCACGGAGGCGGCCGGCAUGAACUCCACGCGCAUCGCCGAGGUGCUCAAUUACCGCAGAGCCAUGCCGGGCAUAGUGACAACAUCGCACUUACACGCCCUCCUCGCCUCGCCCACGGCGGUGGAGCGCGAGGUCGCAGAGUUGCAGCGCGGCGGAGCGCUGCGCAAGAUCUACGUGCAACGCCGCGGCGGCCUGGGCGAGGCGCUGAUCCAGACGUCUGAGCUGGAGGACAUGAUUGCAAAAUCGGCGGAGCUUGACGACGACGCGAGGUCCGCGUAUGUCAAGUUCCUGAGAGAGAACCCGCUGGCGCAGACGAUGCCGCGACUGGCUUGCGGCGGCCAUAUACAGGCCGAUGCCCUGGUGCGGGCCGGGUUUCUUACAUCCAGCAUGCAUCCGCAGCACGUAAAUACACCAUUGAUGAACUUACACUUGCGGCCCGAAGACCGCGGUAGCUUGAUGAGCAUUCAAGCAGUCUCCCGCGCAGCAUCCGGAAGCUUCGACGCCGUGGGCGGACAAGGAGGAAUACACGCCGCGGGUGGUGGGGGAGGGGCGCCGCGUCUAUCCCGCGGCGCCGCCGCCGACGCGUCAUCCUAUUCGGGGGCCGAAUUCACCAUCGCGGUGCCCGGUAACGGGUCGUUUCUAAAACUGACCGCCGCCGCUGUGGAGCACCUGGCCCAUCUCCUGUCCAAGUCUCAAUUUAGGGAGAUGCCCGUGUCUAUGCUCCGGGAGCGGUGGGAGGGUGGCGUAGCCCGUGACGAGGCACGCCUCGCAAGGAGGGCCAGGGGAGAAUUCGCCGGCGUGCUGCCGGGGAGGACCAAACGAUGGAAGGAGUUUUACGGUUUGGAGUUCAACUGGGUGUUGGAGGAAGCCAUGGGCGCCGGUGUCGUGGAAGUCUUUGAGACACGGAGCGUAGGUAGGGGAGUCCGCCUCCUGUGA